AUGACGAGAGGGAAGCCCUUCAAAGACAUGAUCAGUCUGAAGAUCACAGUAAAAAUUUGUCAGGGAGCUCUAUCUCUGCCCGCGCAAUUAGAACACUUCAAAGAGUACACUGCGAAACUGAAAGGGACUGUUGAAGAAAAGAGAACAAGAAAAAUUAUAACCAAGAGUGUAUUUCUAGUUUCAGCAAGCAGCAGUGACAUUUUGAGGUCCUAUCCGAGCUUUAUCCGGAAAUUUCAGUAUGAUUUUCCUUCAUAUGCUGCUCUUCUGCUCAGAUCGGCUUCUACAUUCGUCAAAGAUCUAUGUAGCCUCGGAGCUAGGAGAAUUGGUGUUUUCAGUGCUGUAGCGAUCGGUUGCACUUCAUUGGAAAUAAGUUCAACUGGGUUACUGAGAGAGUGUUUGAAGCUGCAAAACCAAAGCGCAGAGUUGUUCAAUUCUUUGCUGUCAAAUGAACUAGAUUACAUCAACUCCAACUUUACAGACGCCAAGCUAGUCUUUUUGGAUAUCUACCACCAUUCUUGA